GAUGGAUGGACUCCCUGGACAACUAGCUCAAAACCCAGCAGGAAAAUGACCAGACGAUGAGUGUGGCGAGAAGUCGGUGUCGGUGCUGUUGGACGGCGAGGAGUCGGAGCUGGUGUUUGUCGACCUUCCGGACGGGGAGAUGUCGCUUGACGACAGCAUCGUGACGCACGACCCAGACGCGUUCAUCGUCGUGUACAGCGUGACGGAGCCCAGCAGCGUUCAGUAUGCCGACCAAAUCCUGCAGACGCUGUGGAAGAUGUCUGCCGUCGCCAACAAGGCCGUCAUCCUGGUCGGUAGCAAGUCAGACCUGGUCCGCAGCCGCAUGAUCACGGCAGAGGCUGGCCGCAAGUUGGCCAACACGUACGACUGCAAGUUCAUCGAGGUGUCGGGCGGUCUGGACCACCGGGUGGACGAGCUGCUGGUCGGCGUGCUGUCGCAGAUCCGGCUGAAGCGUAGCUGCCGGCUCAGCCGGUCGCGCUCGCUGGGCCGGCGCAGCUGUCGGCUGCACCGUGGCGCGCGCCACACCUCCAGCGUCAAGGGCCUGCUGCACGUGAUGUGCGGGGCCGAGCCACGCUCCAAGUCCUGCGAGAACCUGCAAAUUCUCUGA